AUGGCUGAUUCAAAUCAAUCCACAAAUGGAAAUCAUGCCAGAACUUUCGAGCAAAAAAAACAUGAUAGUAUUAUAUGCUCUAUAGCUAAAACCUUCAAACACUGGAUCAGACUGGAUCAGGGAAAAAAUGAGAGACCGAGUUGGAAAUCGAAGAAAGAAGAGUUUGAGUUGUAUUGUCGAAAUUUAAAUCUUUACCUUCGGGACCAAGUUGUUAAUGAAGAUUUAAGAGAAAAAUGGAGUGAACUCAUUGAAUCUCAGGAAGAGAAAGACUCUCAAGAAGUUCAGACGUUAUGGAAGGGUGUGAUGAGCAAUACCGGCGGAAUAACCUUUUACUACUUCAUGGAUGAUCUCAAAAAAGAUUUGGAACAUAAUAUGGAAACUGUCUUAGAUGAAGAAAAGGAAGAACUAGAUAAUCAAAUUCUACUCCAAGAAGUAAAAGAUCGAUAUGAAACUUUAGCUAGUGAAUCUACUUAUGAAAUUAUAUGCAGAAUCUCAGAAAAAAUGAAAUCUAUUGACCUUGCCAAGCUCUCGUUUAAUAACCCGUUACUCUCAUUUAUAUUGGACCUGGAUCGAAUUGAUCCUAUUAUUAAUGAUUUGAUACCAAAAUCUUUACUGGAAGAAGCAAGCCAAUAUGAAAAUGUUCGAAAUUGGAAGGGUUUUACGACAGAAUUCAUAAAGUGGAUCGAUAACUUAUUAAAUGACUGGAUAGCACAGUAUCGUAUUGGUGAUUUUUUGUAUGAGUUUUUGUAUGGUGAGGCCGCCAGUCCACCAUAUCAAUCUACUACUGUUCGAACCGAAGGCAAUCGUUGGAAAUUAAUUCAUUUUAUGUCUCGAAGUGUACGACGAGCAAAAGAAAAACUUGUCUCCCAAUUUUCCAAUAUUGCCGAUGGCGAUCUAAUGGAUGAUGUUCGAAAUAUACCCCGUUUUGGAAUGUUGCUAUAUGGGACCAAUCUAAAAAUUUUAUACUAUGACAAAUCAAAGUACAGGUUUGGAGUAAUCACCACAUUGAUGAACAUACAAUUACCACUUCAUUCUCAAGUCGAUAAAAAUCUUGUGAAAAACUAUUUGAUCGGUUUGGUAAUUUUUCGACGUGGAAUUCUUGGAGCGAUCGAAGGAAUGAAAAAAUUAUCUGAGAGAUGUAAUAAUCAUAUGAUCGCACAGCAGAACAAUUUGUACAUUAUUUGUAAUGAUGACGAUGAAAAAGAGGAUAUUUAUCCUUCGCCACAAAGAAUGAAAAGGGUGAAACUUAAUAAUGCUAUAUAUUAG